CGAACCACAAAAACAAGUUGCUCAAAGAAACUUUGUUUCCUUUUGAAGGGUGGUUCAGAUUUUUGAGGUUUCUUUUUGACGGUCAUAAUAUUUUUAAAGAUGAGCCGCUGUCGGUCACCUGCUGUGGAGAUGCUCCCUCCGUAUGCUGAGAAAAGAGAAACUGAUUAACCAAACACCAUGGAUAACCGAUUUGCCACCGCACUGGUGAUUGGGAGUGUCUUGUCCCUCCUGUCUGUCAUCUACCUGUCAGCUGCAGUGGGCACGGUCUCCUGGUACCACUACUUCACCUCUCCAGUCCUGGCCAAUGUCAGCGAUGCGGCUGCCAGUGAAUUCCUUGGCGAGCUGGAGAGGGCAAAUGAGAAGGCAUACACAGAUGCGCUCUAUCAUUGUAAUGGCAGCCUGGGAUUGUGGCAGCAGUGCAUUAUGGUCUCGCAGCCAUAUUACCAGGAAGAGUAUCUGCCUGAGUUCCGGUGUGUAUCACUGUCCUUCUCUGACCAGUUUUUAGAGAAAUACACCCAACCUGGAAACCACAACUCUGAGGUUGAUCUGAUCCGGACAUAUCUUUGGCGGUGCCAGUUUUUGCUGCCGUUGGUCUCUCUGGGGCUCAUAUUUUUUGGUGCCAUUAUUGGCUUGGCUGGAUGCGUGUGCCGCAGUCUGUAUCCAGCUCUGGGGACGGGAGCCUUACACCUCCUCGCAGGUGUGUGCACACUGGGAGCAGUCCUGUGUUUUGCCAGCGGGGUGUAUAUGUUGCAGAAGAGUCUUCCUCCUCCCCCAGGUGUGCGCGGGGAUUUCGGCUGGUCCUUCUGCUUGGCCUGUGUCUCCUCCCCUCUUCAGGUUAUGGCUGGAGCUCUCUUUCUCUGGGCCUCUCGGGCCAGUCGGCGAGAAUAUUCCUUAAUGAAGGCUUACCGUGUGGCAUGAAGGAACCAGCAGAGCUACAAGCAAUGUUCACCCAGAACUAAGCCACCAGGCAGAUAUUUGGGCGCCAGUGUUCUGACCUCAAACUCUGGUAACAUUAACUCCAUCUGGGAUUGUUCCUGAUGUUCAGUAGCUCUAUAUUAUUUUUAUGACUUUGUUUUUAAGCAGCACAUUAGUCUGCAAUGAAUAUAUGCAUACAUCUCUCUCCAUGUUUGGGUAAAGUAAGGUAUGGCUAGAUGCUGUGCUUUGCGUUUACUGCUGUCUGAGAUCCCAGAAGGAUGAUUUUUGCCUACUUCUGGGAUUGGCUUUCCCCUUUAUAUUCUUAUGGCAGAUCCUCUAGAGGGCAUAUGGUGGGGCAUUUCUGAGGACCCUCUAG